AUCGUGUGAGGAGCUUCCGUCUUUGCUUUUGGUCAUGGCGCAGGCGCAGCGAGCUCCUGCUACGGGGUUCCUUAAAACCCUUCCGGACCCAGCCGUGAUCCAGCACCGGCCCAGCCCGCAGUAUGCCACCCUUGAUGUCUACAAUCCUUUUGAGACCCGAGAGGUGAGCACUGGAGAACACAGGACCAGGAAAGGCAGACAGCCAGCACCAGCUUACGAACCAGCUCCAGCUCCUGCUCCUGCCCCUGCGCCUUUGCCUCCACCCUCAGCUGCCCCCUUACAGUCCUCACGGAAGCUCAGCCCCACAGAACCCAAAAACUAUGGCUCCUACAGCACUCAGGUGUCCGCUGCUGCAGCCACAGCCGAGCUGCUGAAGAAGCAGGAGGAACUCAACAGGAAGGCAGAGGAGUUGGACCGGAGGGAGCGAGAGCUGCAGCAUGUUGCCCUGGGGGGCACAGCCACUCGACAGAACAAUUGGCCCCCUCUACCUUCAUUUUGCCCAGUCCAGCCCUGCUUUUUCCAAGAUAUCUCCAUGGAGAUCCCCCAGGAGUUUCAGAAGACAGUGUCCACCAUGUACUACCUCUGGAUGUGCAGCACUGCGGCUCUUCUCCUGAACUUCCUCGCCUGCCUGGCCAGCUUCUGUGUGGAUACCAACAAUGGCUCAGGCUUUGGCCUGUCCCUGCUCUGGGUCCUCCUUUUCACUCCCUGCUCCUUCGUGUGCUGGUACCGCCCCAUGUACAAGGCUUUCCGAAGUGACAGUUCAUUCAAUUUCUUCGUGUUUUUCUUCAUUUUCUUCGCCCAGGAUGUGCUCUUUGUCCUCCAGGCCAUUGGCAUCCCAGGUUGGGGGUUCAGCGGCUGGAUCUCUGCUCUGGUGGUGCUCAAGAUCAACACUGCUGUAGCUGUGCUCAUGCUGCUGGUCGCCCUGCUCUUCACUGGCAUCGCUGUGCUGGGAAUUGUGAUGCUAAAGCGGAUCCACUCCUUAUACCGCCGCACGGGGGCCAGCUUCCAGAAGGCCCAGCAGGAAUUUGCUGCGGGUGUCUUCUCCAACCAGGCGGUGCGAACGGCCGCUGCCAACGCAGCCGCUGGGGCUGCUGGAAAUGCCUUCCGGGGGCCGUGACCCCUGACCCUGACCGGGAUGCCCUGGCCCUGCCCCUUGAGGGAGCUCACAGCCCCUGCUCUGGGGUCUCGGACUGGGGAGACGUCACUACUUGAUGGCUUCUCUA